AUGGAUUCCAAUUACGAUCAAGAAGCGUUUCACGGUAAAUCGAUUUCGCUCGAGAAUCUCCUUCUGGUUCUUCAAGGAACAAAAUCGACCAAUUUAUCAAGAGAACUCAAUAAUCAAUCGCCCGAGAAAAAGCGCAGACUAACAAUUGAUCAAGUGAAUCUGUUGGAGAAGAGUUUUGAAGAAGAGAACAAAUUAGAACCAGAGAGAAAGCUUGAGCUAGCCAAAAAGCUUGGAUUGCCUCAACGUCAAGUAGCUGUUUGGUUUCAGAAUCGAAAAGCUCGAUGCAAGAUUCAGCGAAUCGAAAGAGAUUACCAUAUUCUCAAGGCUUGUUACGAUUCACUCCUUGCAAAACAUGAAUUAGUUAUCUCAGAGAAUGAGAAACUCAAAUCUAAUGUCUUAACUUUGACUGAGAUGCUUCUUCCUGCAACAAACCAAACCCAAAGAAAUUUCCAAGACAAGCUUAACACAAAAGGUGAUGAUGAAACUAUGAGCUCUUCCACAGCUUUUAUUCCAUUAGUAAACGACGAUUACCACACCAACAUCGAUGAAUCAUUCGGCUUGUGGGUUUGGCCAUCAAAUCUUAAGUAA